AUGAAUUCAAUACUAAAGGUAGUAUAACCAUAUAUCGAAAAAUAACCAAAAUCAACUAUUAAACAAGAUUCUGGGAAGCAGAUUCAAAACAAACUUCAUAGAAGAAUCAAAAAUCCAAAGACUGAUUUUAAUACACCAAUUGCAAUUAAAUAAAGUCUUAAAUAAAAUGAAAUUAGUCAAAGAUUGAAAAAAUUGCUUUAAAUUAGUCCUUAUAAUAAAUUAGUAUCUUAAAGGUCAUAACAAUAAUUACAGUAUUAAGAUAGUUUUAAAUCAUCAUAAUAACAAAAUUGUUAUACUCAAAAUUAAUAAUAAUCUUAACUAUUGUUUAAACCUGAGGUUAGAACAAAUUCUUUGAAUUCUACUAAUUCUAGUAGUAUAAAGCCUAGAACGUGGAAUAGGGCUAAAAAUCUAUUGUAAAAACAUUCAUUUGAUUUUAAAAAUUCAAAAUCUUUUAGAGAUAAAGAUAAGCAAACAAUUUCUUAGAUUCAAACCUUAUUGGAGAAAACAUCUACAGUAUUAUAAUAGUUCAAAGAAGAAUUAUAAAAAAAUAAUGUAGAAAAAAAGGAUUUAUCAAGGAAAAUAGAGAACUUUGAAUAAAUAAAUCCAAAUAAAUGA